GUUCGGGGCCCGCGUCGCGGGAGUGAGCUCGAAGGCCCGUGCCUGCGCCCCGAGACCGUGCGAGCAGCCUGCAGCGUCUUCCCUGCGCCCCUCGCCGCCGGGGACCAUGGCCUGCCCCGAGUUCGCCUUCCACGUGCCAAGCCUGCAGGAGCUCGCCCGAGUCCUGCAGAAGGGGCUGGAGGAGAACUUCGCCGACGUCCAGGUCUCCGUGGUCGACUGCCCGGACCUGACCCAGGAGCCGUUUGCCUUCCCGGCGAAAGGCAUCUGCGGGAAGACGCGGAUCGCCGAGGUGGGCGGCGUGCCCUACCUGCUGCCACUGGUGAACAGGAGCAGGGUCUACGAUCUCAAUCGGAUUGCCAAGGACAUCAAGCUCCCUGGGGCCUUUAUCCUCGGUGCGGGCGCAGGCCCCUUCCACACGCUUGGCUUCAAUUCUGAGUUCAUGCCCAUUGUCCAGACGGAAGGCGGACACCGGCCUCCCGUGAACGGAAGCUACUUUGCCCACAUCAACCCCGCAGACGGAGGGUGCCUCCUGGAGAAGUACAACGAGAAACACCGCGACUUCGGGUGUGCGCUGCUGGCUAACCUUUUUGCCAGCGAGGGCCAACCUGGAAAGGUCAUCGAGGUGAGAGCCAAAAGGAGGACCGGAAAGCUGAACUUCGUGUCCUGCAUGAGACAGACGCUGGAGAAACACUACGGGGAUAAGCCUGUGGGGCUGGGCGGCACCUUCUUGGUCCAGAAGGGCAGAGUGAAGACCCACAUCAUGGUGAGCCACGCGGGUGUGCGCUCUGGGCCUGGGGUUUCUGGUGCAGAUCAGUCUGUGGAGACGUGCUAGACAAGUCCUCUUCUUGUGACCGAGUUGCUUCAAAGUCUUAGUGACAAGCUUUCCCACUGUGAGGUGAUCGCCACGAAAGCCCUUAGCCCAGGUCCAUCUGGUAGAACUUCCUUUCCAGUGUUGGCUUUUUUUUUUUUAAGAUUUAUUUACCCAUACAAGAGCUGGGGUAUAGACCAGAGUUGAGGGGGUUCACCAGAGACAGAGUGGGAAGCAGAACAGGCAGACUGACUGAAAUACACUGCUGAGGGGAGCAGCUGGGAGACAGGAGAGGUCUGCUGCACCAUGAGGGUAGCUCCCUGGCCAGGGAUUGAACUCGUGCAGCAGUGGCUGUGGAUUGCUUCAUAGGUUGCGACUUAACCCCUGCGCACCAGGGAGGCCCCUACAGUGUUUUUUUGUUUUGUUUUGUUUUUGAGCACUGGGUACAGUCAGAAGCGCGGGAGGAUGAGAGAAUUCACCAGAGCCAGAGCGGGGAGCAGAACAGGCAGACGGACGAAGUACACUGCUGAGGGGAGCAGCGGG